AUGAACGGUGGCUCUUCGAGGAUUACGAGUGGAUUCUACGAAUUUAUUCCAGAAGAUGGCUCUGUAGUAGAUUUAACUCAACCUGGACUGUUCUCCCGUCGGCAACUCAUAGCAAUUUUUCACCGAAGAGGGUUUGAUCGUUUGUUAUCUACAAUCCAUUCUGACACCAACUCUCUUAUCAGGGCCUAUUAUGACUACAUUAUACCUUUGCCCUGCCGAAAUCGCACCAAAGUCUCAAGUCUACCAGUGUCCAAUCACAAGGUAGACCAAAUACAACGAGUACCAUCACCAACGAAUCACAACUUGAAACACCAGCAACCAGUCACUUCGUCGGCCACUCAGCGGCUAAGGCGAGAACUGGAGCCUCCAUCCACCGGUCAGAACAGAGAUAAGCGUCAGCAUAACGAUCUUGACAACUUAAUCAUCAUCAGCAAUCCUAAUUGGCCCACUAGUGGUGUAACACCAUCCCCAAAAAAGUCAGCAGCAGCCCCAGAAGAGGCAACUAAAUGCAAUGAACAUGGUAAGCGACCACUCAGUUUCUCCUCCUCUCCGUCUGUCUCAUCCCCGCCUCCUCUAAAAAGACCCAAAAUCAAUCGAAAUUUCGCUAACCUGGAAUCCCUUAAGCGUAACGGGAAGCAAUGA